CUUAUGGAGCGGCGAGGUUAUGGAGAAGAGUAUAUAAGUCGCUACAAGAUGAUGACCAGAUUUCACCACCAAAGAGUGCCUCUGGUAAUCCUUGUCUGUGGAACUGCUUGUGUUGGGAAGUCCACUAUAGCCACCCAACUUGCCCAAAGGCUAAAUUUGCCGAAUGUUUUACAGACAGAUAUGGUUUAUGAAUUGCUACGAACAUCAACAGAUGCUCCAUUGGCCUCAACUCCUGUAUGGGCACGGAAUUUCAGCUCCUCAGAGGAAUUAAUUACUGAGUUUUGUCGAGAAUGCCGGAUCGUUCGAAAAGGUUUGGCUGGUGAUUUGAAGAAAGCAAUGAAAGAUGGAAAACCAAUUAUAAUUGAGGUACAUUUGU